AUGUCCCUCCCGAGCUCCCGCACCCGCUGGGUGAGCGACUUCUUCUCCUACGAGACCACCAAGUCGGUGGUGGUGAAGAGCUGGGUGGUGGGCGUCGUCAACCGCGGCGUCCAGCUCCUCAUCCUCGCCUACUUCGUCGGCUGGGUGUUCCUCCAUGAGAAAGCGUACCAGGUGCGGGACACCGCCAUCGAGUCCUCCGUGGUCACCAAGGUGAAGGGCGUGGGGAGCUACGCGGGGCAGGUGAUGGACACGGCCGACUACGUGACGCCCCCCCAGGGCACCUCGGUGUUCGUGGUGGUCACCAAGCAGAUCCGGACCGAGGAGCAGGCGCAGGGCGUGUGCCCGGAGAGCGAAGCCGCGUUCCACUGCUCGGCGGACCGGGACUGCCGGGAGCUGAGCCCGGGCACGAGCAACGGGAUGCUGACAGGGCGCUGUGUCCACUACAACGCGACCCUGCGUACCUGCGAGAUCCAGGGCUGGUGCCCGCCCGAGGUGGACACCGUUGACGUCCCUGUCAUGCUGGAAGCUGAGAACUUCACCCUCCUCAUCAAGAACAGCAUCCGCUUCCCGCUGUUCGGCUUUGAGAAGACCAACCUGCCACCCCCUGGCAGUGGGGCGGAGCUGGGCCGCUGUCGCUUCCACCCACAGCUGCAGCCCCUGUGCCCCAUCCUGCGCCUGGGGGACGUGGCUCGUCUGGCCGGGCAGGACUUCCCUGCGCUGGCUGCCACCGGGGGGGUGCUGGGGAUCAAGAUCGGGUGGGUGUGUGACCUGGACCGGGCCUGGGAGCUCUGCCUGCCCCGCUACUCCUUCACCCGCCUGGACAGCCUGGCCCGGACCCCUGCCCCUGGAUACAACUUCAGGCACGCCCGAUACUACCGCUGGCCCGACGGCUCCGAGCGCCGCACCCUCAUCAAGGCCUUCGGGAUCCGCUUCGAUGUCCUGGUGUACGGCAGCGCUGGGAAGUUCGGCAUUGUCCCCACCCUCAUCAACACGGUGGCCGCUUUCACCUCCAUCGGUGUGGGCACGGUGCUGUGCGACAUCAUCCUGCUCAACUUCCUCAAGGGCGCCGAGCACUACAAGGCCCGCAAGUUCGAGGAGGUGCCAGAGGCCGGCGCGGCCGCCACCCCUGCCAGCCCCACGGCGUGUCCCCCCGGAGCGCUGGGGGCCUGCUCCCGGGACAAGCAGUCCACCGACUCGGGCACCUUCUCCCUCGGCCUCUAGCCCCGGGGCCAUGGGGCAGCCCCCUGCAUGUCCACCAGGCUGUGGGGCAGCUCAUAGCCUGGUGACAGGCUCGCCAGGACCCGCAGCAGGUUCCCACUGCCAGUCUGCAGUGCUCCCCCUGUGAGCCCCAGCGCCCACCUGGGGUUGUCCCAGUACAUCCCAGUGUCCCCAGUGCCCAUACGAGGUGCCCCAGCCCUCUCCCUUGCCACCCGCCGAGCACCUCCCUGUCCUUGGCAAUCGAUGCGGGGGGCUGCACUCCC